AUGGCAGACAAGCAGCUGUACGACAUUUCGAAGCCCAAGUACGACCUGUCUACGUACGGUGGCCGCCUCUCCUACUUCUACAGCACGACGUCGCCGCUCACUCUCCUCGCCUCCUCUGCCCAGCUCGACCGGGCAGUCAAGGAUGUGGCAUACUAUGACGGCCAGAUCAAGGCCGCUGGCAAGCAGGGAUACUUUGUCGACGCGGCGACAAAGGAGGUCUACGACAAUGCCAAGCAGCUGGUCAACUCGUCAAUCCACCCCGACACCGGCAAGCCCGUCACCCUCCCCUUCCGCAUGUCGGCCUUUGUCCCGACCAACCUCCUGAUCUGUGCUGGCAUGCUCAUGCCCAACCCGUCCCUCCCAGCCGUCAUCUUCUGGCAAUGGGCUAACCAAACCCUCAACGUGGCUGUCAACCACGCCAACGCCAACAAGUCGAUCGAAAUGACCCCCACCGAACUUGGCACCGCCUACGUCGCCGCUACGGCCACCUCGGUCCUCCUCGCUGUGGGCCUUACCCGCGUCGUGCCGCGCCUCCCUCUCGCGGCAGGGACCAAGGCGUUGCUCGGCCGCCUCGUGCCGUUCGUGGCCGUCGCGUCGGCGGGAGUCGUUAACAUCUCGUGUAUUCGUUGGAAAGAGAUGCGGGAUGGCGUGGACGUUUACCAGCUUGAGAAGAAGGAUGAUGAAGAGGAGAAGAAGGAUCUCGGACUGUCGGCAAAGGCAGGACAGAUGGCUGUCAUGCAGAGCGCCGCUAGCCGUGUCCUCACCAACAUGCCAACCCUCAUCAUCCCACCGGUCGUCAUGACGCUUCUCGAGCGCCGUGGCGUUUUCUCCGGACCGCGCGGCAAGACGGCUGCCUCGCUCACCCAGCUCACCCUCAUUGGGCUGUGUCUCGGCCUCUUCCUGCCCCCUGCCAUUGCCUACUUUCCCCAGCGCGCCAGCACGACCGGACCCAAGCUCGAGCAGCGCUUCCACGACGUCCCUGGCAAGAUCUACUUCAACAAGGGUCUCUAA